CCGCCGGCUGCUUGCAGGCUGCUUUCCGCGCUGGGCCGACCGGCUUCCGUGCUUCCAGGCCCGGCGCCUGCCGGGGACUGCUGGGGACGCGAUGUCCACGCCUCCCCUGGUGCCGUCGGGGAUGGCGCUGGGGCCCUUCGCGGGCCCCCAAGCCCAGCAGGCCACUCGGGAGGUCAAUACGGCCUCGCUCUGCCGCAUCGGGCAGGAGACGGUCCAGGACAUCGUGUACCGAACCAUGGAGAUUUUCCAGCUCCUCAGGAACAUGCAGCUGCCAAAUGGAGUCACAUACCAUACAGGAACGUAUCAAGACCGGCUAGCAAAGCUACAGGACCAUCUUCGCCAGCUUUCUAUUCUCUUCAGGAAAUUGAGAUUAGUUUAUGACAAAUGCAAUGAAAACUGCGGAGGAAUGGAUCCCAUUCCAGUAGAGCAACUCAUUCCAUUUGUGGAAGAAGAUGGCUCAAAGAAUGAGGAUCACAGUGGCCCAACUCGAUUUGCCAGUGAAGAAAGGCGUGAAAUUGCGGAAGUAAAUAAGAAACUCAAACAGAAGAAUCAACAGCUGAAGCAAAUUAUGGAUCAAUUACGAAAUCUCAUCUGGGAUAUAAAUGCCAUGUUGGCAAUGAGAAACUAAACUGAUAUUUAAAUUUCCUGCUUUUAUACAUAUUUUAUAAUUUUCCACAGGCAUAUUUUUCCUUUUGAAGAUGAUCAGCUUUGUGUUUAUUUUAUAUUUUUGAGGAGAGGAUCCCCAUAUUCAGUGGUGCUCAGGGGUUACUCCGACUCUGUACUCAUGGAUCACUUUGGCAGAUACAAGGGUCAGUAUGGGGGUUGGGGAUCAAAUAUGGGUCAGCUGCAUGCAAGGCAAAGAACCUACCAUCUGUACUAUCACUUAGACUCUAUCAGCUUUGGUUUCGUACCUAGAAUUGAAGUUCUUGUUUUUACAUUGUAGUUUAUACUGUUUAUCAGUAGUUUAUAAACUAUUAACUGUGCAAAAAAAAUUGUUAACAACAUUUAGGGGGUAUGCUGUGGUUCCCCAUUAACUGAAUAAUUUGUUUUAUAAAAGCAAAUAAAUGUUUGUAAAAAAAUUUUUUUACAUUGAUUGGUGA